UGAUAUUAUGGCGGCCUGAAGACGUGCAAACAAAAUAUACAUCUACAGCGAACCCGAUCGUGUAUUCUGGAUAUGGAGAUGAAAAUAUACAUAUUAAUUGCUGCUAUUGUCUUAUGUUCAGCAUGCUACACGUUCGCGGAAUAUCGCCGUGUAUGUUACUAUACCAACUGGUCGCGCUACCGUCGUGGACUUGGUCAAUACUUCCCUAACCAUACCGAUCCUCAUUUGUGCACCCAUCUUAUUUUUUCCUUCGCCAAACUCGAGAAAAGUGAACUGGCUUUUUAUGAUGGUGACGAAAAUCUGUACAAGGAAAUAAACGACCUGAAAAAGGUCAACCCCAAACUGAAGACAAUGCUUGCGGUCGGGGGAUGGACCCAAGAAAGUAUUGAGUGGUCCGCUACUGUGUCAAAAACAAAUAAAAUGAACAAGUUCAUCGUGAAAUCCAUCCCGUUCUUACGUAAAUAUAGAUUCGAUGGCCUGGAUCUGGACUGGGAAUAUCCAGCGCUACGUGCCGGGGCCAAUGCUACAACCGACAAACAUAAUUUCGGAAUCCUCUGUAAGAAACUACGCCUGGCAUACGACAGAGAAGCUAGAUUGACGAGAAAACCACGGCUGCUGCUCUCCGUGGCAGUAGGGGCGGCGAAAAAAAUCAUCGACGUCUCAUAUGAGGUCCCAACAAUAUCUAAGUACGUGGACUUCAUCAACCUGAUGAGCUAUGACUUACACGGAAGCUGGCUUAUGUACACCGGUCACCACUCAUUGUUAUUCGACAGAGGCUACAAUAGCGAAAAUGCAGAAGAUGUUUAUCUCGAUAUCGACUGGGCUGCUCGUUACUGGGUUCUGCUUGGUGCGCCAAAAGAACAGAUAAACAUAGGGCUCUCUUUCUACGGUCGGGGCUUUACACUGAAAGAUCCCAAAGACAACGGAUUUGGAGCGAAAACGAAGGGACCUAACCGGCCUGGUCCAUUUACGAGAGAGUCUGGCUACGUUGCAUACUAUGAGGUUUGUAUGCUGCUAUCCCGAGGAGGACAGGCAUACCGGGAGGCAGGCGAACCCUACUACGUCAAUGGUAACCAAUGGAUCGGCUACGAUGAUGAAGAGAGUAUAGCAAACAAGGUUGCCUGGUUGAUCAGUGAGGGUUUUGGUGGUGCUAUGAUGUGGGCGCUUCCCUUAGACGACUUCAACAUGGAAUGCCCACGGUCAAAUAGAAAGUUUCCACUAGCAAAUCGAGUGAAAGACGAUCUUUUGGCUGCGGAAUCGGUAGUAACCGCGACUACUGUUGCUGCUGCUGUUUCUUCCACAUCCACGGAGGAUCAGUGGUCUAUUCUUAAAGAUAUCGUGUCCGUGACUGGUCACCGCCUGGUCUGUAUCUACGAUGUAUGGUCUUCCAAUAGACCAGGCAUAGGCCGAGUUGUCCCAGAUGAUAUAGACCCACACCUUUGUACGCAUCUCAUUUUUGCAAACGCCAUGAUUAAAAAAAACGGCGCGGUGCUUUACAGAAGAAGAAAUGCGGACACAGUGCAUUAUGAACCAUUUACAAAUCUUACGUUAAAAAACCCAUCAUUAAAGGCACUUAUAAUGAUUACUGAAGACGUGAGCAAAGGAAUGGCGAUGAGCGUCAUGGCGGAGGAUCCCACAACUCGGGCCGCGUUUGUUGCAUCCGUUAUUACAUUCUGUAGGAAACGCAGCUUUGACGGCGUGGCUCUACAGUGGACAGUCCGCAACUCUACACACUUCAAAGCGUUAAGCGAGGAACUUCGAGCUGCAUUUGAUGCUGAAAACACAACAGAAAAAUUGAUUCUUGCUGCUCAGCUCGCUGGACAUAGUAUUGAUGACAUAGAUGCUUAUUAUGAUAAAUAUACAAUCAAAACAACAAUUAUAGAUAACUACGACUUCGUCAAUUUGGACACCUACAGUCUGUAUGAUACGCCGGUGGUAACCGCUCACCAUAGUCGCAUUACUGCGAGGGAUGACAGCACGGGAGAGGACAAAUUUCUCAACAUAAAAAGUAUUGCAGCUUAUUUCACAUAUCUCGGAGUUCCAAAAUCGAUGAUUAAUGUUGGAAUCGCAACGUACGGAAGUGGGUAUACAUUAACCAACACCAGUGAUUACGGCAUCGGGGCACCUGUCAGCGGAGGGAGUAUUUCCGGAAAUUUCUCCAACACUCCAAGUUUCUUGGCAUACUAUGAGAUUUGUUCCCUUCUGAAUAAUAAUGACGGCACGAUGUAUAGUGAUUUCGGAGUUCCUUACUACGUAAGAGGCGACCAGUGGAUUGGCUACGACGAUAUUACCAGCUUAACAGAAAAGGCGGAAUGGAUAGUAAAUGAAGGAUACGGCGGUACGUCUAUUUGGUCUUUGACAUUUGACGAUUACAAUCAAAAUUGUCCCACAUCAGAUCGCGACUUUCCACUAAUCAACACUAUCAAGGAUGUAUUUGAUGAUGCGGCCAAACCUAAACUGUAUAGACGGGUAUGCUACUUCAGCACGUGGUCGGAGGACAGGCCAGGAAAAGGAGCCUUCAUGGCCGACGACAUUGACCCAGAUCUCUGUACUCAUCUCGUGGUAGCCUUCGCCGAGGUGUCGGAGAAUAGCACCCUGGAAGCUUACGAUGCAGGCGACAUUUCCAUAUAUCAACGUGCCAUAGCCCUAAAAGGAGCUAACCCAGACCUGAAGGUACUACUUUCUGUUGGCGGAUGGGCACAAGGAAGCGAAAGAUUUUCUUUCAUGGUUUCAGGACCAAAACGCAGGAGAAACUUUACUUCCAGUGCUAUGCUUUUUCUACGUAUGUAUGGAUUCGAUGGCCUUGAUUUAGCUUGGUUGUAUCCAACUCAAAGAGAUGGAGGAGAAGACACAGACAGAAAAAAUUUCGGGAUUCUCGUUAAGUUAAUGAGGAGGGAGUUUGAUGGGGAAACUCUAACUGGAAACAUGACUAAACUAAUGUUGACGGCUUCAGUUGCUGCAGAACAGGAACAUAUUGACUACGCAUACGAUGUGAAGGCUUUGUCAGAGAAUUUGGAUUAUAUCAGCAUCCAGACGUUUGACAUGCAUGGUCAUUGGGACAUGGAGACAGGCCACCAGAGUCAAUUACGACCUUUCCCUUAUCAAACUGGAACCGAAGCCAAUCUAAACAUGGACUUUGCUGGAAAAUAUUGGCAAAUGCUUGGUGUGGACAAAGACAAGAUCAAUAUAGGCAUCCCUACAUUUGGACGGGGUUUUAACGUUUCAGACGCGAACAUGGAUUGGCGUGUAGGAUUGCCAAUUGAUGGACCAAGCAAAGAGGGCCCCUACACCGACGAGGAAGGCUUCUUGGCGUAUUACGAGCUUUGCGACCUACCAGGAACGGAAAAAAACUUAGGAGAUGCCAUUAUCAAGUACGGUGAUGAUAACUUAUGGAUUGGUUUUGAGAACGCUGAUACCCUACAACGAAAAAUGCUUUGGCUGAUGAGUGAGGGUUAUGGCGGAGUCAUGAUUUGGUCUUUGGACCUAGACGACUUUAAAGGGAACUGCUCUGACUCAACUUCAAACUUCCAUCUCAUCAAUCAAAUAAAGGAUACUCUCCUUAGUGAUCCGAAUGGCUUAGUUUCAACUGUCCCGCCACCUUCAACAACAACAUUCGAAACAACAACCAUGGAGGAAACCACAACUCCAAUUCCAUCGACCACCCAGGAAGCUUUUGUCAAUUGCACUGCACCUCCUACCGGUGGACCAUACCCAAACAACAAUGACUGUAGAACCUUCUACAAGUGUUCGCAUGGCGUAGCCCAUCUGUACAAUUGUCCAGGACCAUUAUCGUAUGACAGGGCUCACAGAGUAUGCAACUGGGACCGCCAUACUAACUGUUGAAAAUGAAUUCUAUAAGCCAUCGACUGUUUUGAUUUAAUGUAAAUAGAUAUAACUAUAUCAAAAAGCAAACUUUGAUGUGACAUGCUGAAAUUGUUGUGAUGACCACUUUAUUUAUUGUGUGAACAAAUCAAUAAAAGCUUGUUACAAUUCCCCA